AUUCUUUUGACGUGUCGGUGGACAUUGGUUCCGAUUUUGUGAAUUGUAUUUUCUUAAUAAAAACUAUGGUUUUGUAUUAACAGCGCUUUUGCGCGGGAUAUAAAUAGUUUCUGGGGUAUCGUGAAAAAUGGAUUUCCUAAAGAGCGGCUUAAAGACAGUCCUUGGGGCUCCAGAACCCGGACAGACACCGUCAGCUGGCGAAACUGUUGAGAGGUUGGUGGAAAGAGUGGAACAUUCCACAUUGCUUGAAGAUCGUCGUGAUGCCUGCCGAGCUCUUAAAGCUAUGUCACGCAAAUACAGGGUGGAGGUUGGUGCUCAGGGCAUGAACACACUAAAACAGGUCUUAGAACUAGAUAGGGCAGACAAUGAAACAAUAAAUUAUGCCUUGGAUACUCUCAGCAAUAUCAUGUCACCAUCACAAUUUGAAGAAGAAGAGGACAAUCCUAAUGUCCCCAUGAAUAUUGGAGAACAGUUCACUGAAAUGUUCAUAAAAGAUCACAACAACAUCCAACUCGUGCUGGACUUGCUAGAUGAGUAUGACUUUAGAGUUCGACUGUCUGCCGUUCAACUACUCACUUCUUUACUCACAAACCGUCCUAAAGACAUUCAAGAAAUAAUUCUAGUGAAGCCUAUGGGGGUGUCAAAAAUGAUGGAUUUGUUAAGUGACACGAGAGAAGUCAUAAGAAACGAAACUCUAUUGCUGCUCAUAAAGCUCACGAAAGGCAAUGCUAACAUACAGAAAAUAGUAGCAUUUGAGAACGCAUUCGAUAGGCUAUUUGAAAUAGUGUCUUCGGAAGGUUAUUCUGAAGGUGGAAUCAUAGUGGAAGACUGCCUGCUACUCAUGUUGAAUCUUUUGAAGAAUAACAGCAGUAACAUUCAUUUCUUCAAAGAGGGUAGUUACAUACAGAAGAUGCUUCCAAUGUUUGAUGCUACUGAUGAUGGGGAAGAGUUGGGGUGGUCGCCACAGAAAGUGUCCAACGUUCACUGCAUGCUGCAGAUCGUGAGGACUCUAGUGUCGCCGAGUAACUCGGCUCAGCUGUUAGCCAGCUGCCAGAAGAUAAUGAAGUAUGCUGGGUUGUUGGACGCGCUGUGUAGCAUAUUGAUGGCGAGCGGAGUGCCGGCGGAUAUUCUGACGGAAACUAUUAAUACGGUCGGGGAGGCGGUGCGCGGUGACGUCACUAAUCAGGACUUCCUGGGGAAUGUUAUGGCCCCCUCGAACCCUCCCCGGCCCGCCAUCGUGGUAUUACUCAUGUCGAUGGUGAAUGAGAAACAGCCCUUUUCUUUGAGGUGCGCCGUGCUAUAUUGCUUCCAAUGCUACCUGUACCGCAACGAGGCGGGGCAGGCGAGUCUCGUCCAAACCCUACUGCCGUCGUCCGGCGACGCGACCGCUCUCACCAGCGGCCAGCUGCUAUGUGGCGGUCUGUUCUCAUCGGAUGCGCUGUCAAACUGGUUCUCGGCCGCGGCGCUGAUGCAUGCUUUGGCGGACAAUCCUACGCAGAAGGAACAACUACUGCGAGUGUUGUUGGCCAGCAAUAUAGGCAGCUCGCCGCAGUCACUGCUGCAGCUGUGUACUCAGCUGCUGCAGCAUUCUACGAAGAUGCAGGUCAAGGUUAGUCAAUUAUUGGACGCGCUGUCAAACUGGUUCUCGGCCGCGGCGCUGAUGCAUGCGUUGGCGGACAAUCCUACGCAGAAGGAACAACUACUGCGAGUGUUGUUGGCCAGCAAUAUAGGCAGCUCGCCGCAGUCACUUCUGCAACUGUGUACUCAGCUGCUGCAGCAUUCUACGAAGAUGCAGGUCAAGGUGGCGCUACUGAUGCUCCUAUCGCAGUGGAUGAGCCAUUGCCCCGCGGCCGUGAGCGCAUUCCUCAAGGUGCCGGGCGGCGUCGGGUACCUCGUCAACCAGACCUGCUCCAACGACCACGACGACAACGAGUACCUGCUACAGGGUCUCUCAGCCUUCCUACUCUCCAUCUGCAUACACUUCAACGACGAUUCCGUCGAGAACUACUCCAAAGAUUCGCUGAAACAACUGUUGUUGAAGAGGAUAGGCAUGGAAACGUUCACGGCUAAGCUGAGCGAAGUCACGAAACAUGAGUCGUAUAACAAGGCGGCGAAGCAUCCCCAGUUGAGAGUUAAAUCGCCUGCGGAGAUCAUGAUCGAUUACGAGUUCUGCAGACUAUUCAAGUCUUUGGAAAGUGUAAUAACGCAAAGUCUGGCGGUGAAGCAGGAGAACGGAGUCGCGGACAGCGGCAGCGACCGCGGCAGUCCCGCGGGGGACUCCCUGCUGCAGUACAAGACGCUCAUACGGCAGCAGGACGCGCGCCUGCACGAGCUCACCGCGCAGCUCGACGCGCUGCUGCAGCGGAACCAGCAGCUGCAGAGUGCCCUGAACGACGCGACAGCGUCGAACUCGCAUUUGAAAGACGAGAACACAUUACUAAAGGCGCAAGUGUCAGCCGUCAACUCGUUGCCGAACCAGAGCCAGCAAGUGCCAAGGGAAGACGUCAAAGUGAAGGAGCACGAGGCUAGGAUCCAAGAGUUGACUGCAGAAGUAUCGAGGUUGGGUCAGGAGCUGGUGACGUCACGGGAGGCGCACAAGAUGGCGGCGGACGAGUUGGAAAAAUUGAGGAAGGACCAGGACGAUCUCCUUGAAUUACUCGCUGAUCAGGACGCAAAGCUGAACGAAUACAAGAUGCGGCUGAUGUCACUCGGCCAAGCGGUAGAAGAGGCGCCUUCCGAUCAGAAUUUGACGUAAUACACUAUCAUACCGCAAUCUGUGUUGCGAAUUUUGAUUUAACAAUUGAUUAGAUGGUUUGUGCAGAAUAUUUGGUUACCCAUACAACCCUGUUUAAAUCCCUACCUACGAUAUUAUUUUCGUGACAAAAGGCAGCGCAUGUUGCUUUUCUCCGAGUCUUACUCAAAAAAUGGUUCAAAUUCUUUACAAAAUUUCGUCUGAAUCUGUUCAGAGUCACUUUACAGAUGUGUAAAUAAUUUGGCAUUCACAAUAAUACUAUUUGUUUCCCUCGACUUCGUAUUAAAAUUUUAAGUAAACUUAUUGAUCGUGUCGAAUUUCUUCUCAGCGUUGCAGCCUAAGAACUACUAGAAGAAGUUCGACAUGGUCCUUAAGGUUGCGGUAGCACAAUUAUGCUGGCCAAUGAGGAGCAUUACUAGGUCAGCAAAUCAACACUAAAUCAACAUUAUAAUGAUCUAAGAAGCUUUUUAAUUUAUAUACUUUUUUAUAUCAUCGACAUUGGUUCAUUCGUUGCGAUUUUUUAACUAAUUUUAUGGUAGCCAAUAUUCACCGGCGGCCGAAACGUGUGACGUCACAGAGCUCGAUCGUGGUUGACUCCGAUCGAACUUAAGUAGCGUUUCUACGCACGCUCGCGCCCGAGUGCUAGAGCUCUGUGACGUCACAGUCACAGUACUUUGGUCAACACUUCGUCAAUUUUAGUCGUAGAAAAUUUUACCACUGUAUUUUAUGGUAUCCAUUUAGCCCUAUAAAUCUGAAUUCUCCUAGAUCUUCCUCCUCCUCAUUGGUCAAUGCAUCCGCCCGGGUAGCGGAAGGUGCGGGUUCGAGUCCCGUCUACUGCCUGGACCAUGUAGUUUUUUUUUAGUAAAAUUUUCUUUAUAUUUAAAAUUUGUUCUUUAAACCGCUUAAUAUUCUGUAGUAUUUUUCUAAAAUUUUUAGAAAGCAUGAAUUUUUGACCGUGAACAUCGUUCAAUCUUUAUGUAUAGCUACUUUACUUAAAAAGGUCAGACGAAAAGACGUGCAAUUAUUUAUUUAGGUAUAACUUUGCAUUGAAAAAAGUCGACGUCAAAAAUAAAAUUAAAAGGCGACUGAAAAUGAAUAUUCGAAAUUAAAUGUGUGCGAUUCUUUAGUGUUUUAUUGAUUUUAUUUUCACAUUGAUUUAAAAUAUAUUGAUAUGAGAUAUGAUGAGUAUUGUGUAUAAUAAUAUAUAACUUUUAUGUACAAUAAAUAUCUUUAUUUGUUAAACUUCAAAUACAUGCCGUUUAUUUUAAUGAAAAUAUACAAUGAGGUGUCCAAAUUUUCUAUAAACCUUAAAAGGAUUUCUCUAAACUUUAAUUUGGUAAAUGACUUUUCAGAAAAAUAGCCGUAUUUAACUGUUUAUCAGCCAUUAUGACCUUAUUUGUAACUUGUGUUGAUAAUUUCUUGUCAAGGCAUAGCCUGUAAGGUUCAAUAUAGCUAUUUCCGCUUCAUGUGUUGUUAUAAAACCAUUACAAAUGUAUGUAUUUUUCUAAUAACGCAUUAGAAAGAAGUUUGUGGCACCUUAAACAUAAUAGAAAUGUUAUUUUUUUACAUUAUAGGCUACAUAUUGUAAAUCAUAAAAAUAUUGUUAAUUUAAAUAAAUACGAUAGGUGUGCUUUUCUCGAUACAUUUUUGUUUGUACUGGAUAGGAGGUUAUAUUGUUGCUUAGUUGAAUGACAAUGAUUGUGUAAUAUAUGAAUAAACGGAUUAAUAUAUUUUAUAUUUCCUUCUCUUUUCAUUAUCUCUCUUUCUUACAACAGCUGGGAG